AUGGCGGUGUUACGAGGUUGGAUUUAUACAGUAUUUUUUAUAUUGACAGCAAACGCAGUAUGGGGUCACAUACCGUAUUACAACUCUGCCGAGCCCGAUACGCCAAUUUACGUGAGCGGUGUCCCUGGGGUCAAAAUGAGUUCUGAGACUGCUGCUGACCGCCUCAAAGCCGUGCGAGAAGUUAUGGAAGCAAUGAGAGUCGACGCCUACAUUGUACCUACCGCAGACGCUCAUAAUUCCCAGUACAUAUCGCCAGCGGAUGCCCGUAGAGAGUGGCUGUCUGGUCUCCGUGGAUCCUCGGGAACAGCACUGGUGACUGCCAACGAGGCCCUGGUGUGGACUGAUGCGAGAUACUGGACGCAAUUCGAGGAAGAGGUCGAUGGAACCCUGUGGAAGCUGAUGAGGCAAGGAGUGGACGCAUCUCUACAGCAAUGGUUGGUCACCAACAUGCGACCCAACACUGUAGUUGCUGUAGAUCCUACUACGUACACCAGGAGCGCUUGGAACACUCUAGAAGCAGCCUUAAACGCAGUCAACGUGAAUUUAUUGGCGAUCUACGAUAACUUAGUAGAUGAGGCUCGGAGGCACCUGAGUGACGGACCUCCGGAGAGGUCCAACGACUCUCUCAUCCCCCUCCCUAUAAAAUAUAGUGGACAACGGGCGUCUACGAAGAUUUCAGAAUUAUUAGUGCAAAUGCAAGGAAGAGGUGCCACCAUGUUGCUUCUAACAGCAUUAGACGAUAUCGCAUAUACCCUCAACCUGCGCGGUUCUGAUAUACCGUAUAAUCCAGUCUUCUUCUCUUAUUUACUCAUCAGAAGACUUUCCGUUGUUGAUCCAACGCCCGUAGCAGUCGAAUUAUUUUGGGGUGAUGGAGUUUUGGCAGCUGAUGUCCAGAAUCAUCUAACUCGAGAGGGCGUAGUUUUUACAUGUAGACCUUACGAAGACAUUUUUGAUUACCUCAGAGGUUUGUCUAAUAUCAUUGGCGCUCAAAGCACUAUUUGGUUGUCCGAUGAAGCCAGUCACGCCAUUUUAUUGGCUAUAGAGACGAGUACGGUUCGUACAUUAACUACAUCUAUAUCUCCGGUUGCGUUGAAAAAAUGCGUGAAAAAUGACGUCGAACUCGAGGGAUUCCGUUUAGCCCACAUAAAGGAUGGCGUAGCAGUCGUUCGGGCCUUACAUUGGGUCGAGACACAGGUCAACUCUGGAGUCAACAUCACGGAGAUGGACUUGUCAAACAAAUUAGUAGAUUUUAGAAGCGAUGAAGAACAUUUCAUGGGUCCCUCGUUCUCCACGAUAGCUGGGGCUGGCAGUAACGGUGCCAUCAUACACUACAGUCCACAGAGUACUGGUCCACAGAGGGUCAUCAGACCUGAUGACAUGCUGCUCCUAGAUUCCGGUGGACAGUAUUUCGAGGGCACCACAGAUAUAACGAGAACCCGUCACAUGUCUGCCAGCCCCACAGCUGAGCAGCGACUCACGUUCACACGAGUGCUUAAAGGACAGAUCAACUUGGCUACGACCAUUGUACCGAGAGGGACUUUGGGUAACGUAAUAGAGGUAUUAGCUCGCAAAUUCCUAUGGGAUGUGGGUCUGAACUAUGGCCAUGGUACAGGCCACGGAGUCGGGCACUUCUUAAAUGUCCACGAAGGUCCGAUCUGGAUCUUAAGUGGACCUACUGCUGACGACCCUGGUAUUGCUCCUAAGAUGAUUUACAGCAAUGAGCCCGGGUACUAUGAAGUUGGAGAAUAUGGUAUCCGUCAUGAAGAUUUAGUGGAAACUAUUGAGAUGAGCACAGAAUCCGAUCAUAUUCAUGCUUCAGGACUAGUAGGUGACUUUGCUGGUCGUGGUGCAGUUGGCUUCCACACAAUAUCCUUGGCACCUCACCAGGUUGCCUGCUUGGAUGUAGAUCUCCUAACUGAUUUUGAGAUUAAAUACCUAAACGAUUAUCAUGAACGUGUCUUCAAAACGCUGGGUCCUAUUUUACAAGAACGCAAUUUAACAGACGUUUAUGAUUGGUUGGAAAAGGAAUGCGCGCCAAUCAAACGAGAUGACAAGAGCGCCGCCAUGUUUGUAAAAUCGACUCCGUUUUUGGCGGGAAUAAGCGCAAUUGUUAUUUGGUUAGGUUACUAUUAA